GAUGGGAGGAUUUUUUAUUUGUUUUCUUCAAUUCAUUCGUUUCUUGAGCUCGCACUGGAUGUCUGCGGUUGAACGGGGUUUGUUAUCGUGGUUGUGUGAUUGUGCAAAAAUUAUGUCUGCAUUUUUUCACCAUCGACUGUGCGGGUUCGGGUGCGUUCAAAUAUUCUGACGCACUCAAUUGUCUUCCAGAAUUUCUGAAGUGAAAAAUUGUGUUUAGAUCAUCAAAGGAUUACCGUCAUCAUUAGCUGUAAACAUUGAAUAAAAAAAAGUUACAUGUCCUGCGUUGGAUGAUUAAUUCCGUUUUGUGUAUUUGUGUGUGAUUACGCCCUGAAUAAGGUACAUCUCAGAACAAAGCCAAUAAAGUUAGUCAGCUCAUUUGAACCGAGUAGAUUAGAUUUAAGUAACAGUUUCAGAAAUAAGCCGAAAAAAACAGAAUAUCGGCUACUUUGUAAAGAAUCGUCUCUGUUAAGCUUGAGAUGGAGGAUUUCACACCGUUGAUAAAUCUACAGGACUCAAGGUGAAACUUUAUUGAUUACUAAAAGCAGAUUUUAAGUUAAAAUAUUCAUAAUUUUCAAUUGGUUAAAUUACUACAACAGCAUAGUUCGUAACAUCGGUUCGAUUUCCUGCUAUUGCCGAAAGGAAUUUCAGCUAAGAAAUAGCAAGGCAAAAAACAACAACAUAACGAGAGACUGAAGAACAAUUCGGAACCACGGUCACAAUUUGAUUUCCAUCGUUUAAAAAGUAAUAAUAAUCCAACCACUUCCGUCUUCAAGGGAAUAACAACCGAGCGAACAUUUUUAGUUCGCGAAGGAUGAAAACCGACCGAGAUCCCCUGCUGGGCGGUUCGAACAACUCGUUGGAUUCGUCCGCCAAUGAGCAUCAACAUUUGCUGGCCCGGCCAGACAUGCGUUCGUCGCCGGAAAAUAUGAUCAUCGACGUUACGAACGACAGCGACAGUCUGACGUUGAACAAGGAUGACCAAACGUACGGAUCGUCCAACGAAACGUACGAUCCGUCGAUGCACCGAACGUUGGAACACCCGACGACCAAUCUGGACACCAUGAUUCACCUGCUGAAGGGUAACAUCGGCACCGGUAUCCUGGCGAUGCCGGAUGCGUUCAAGAAUGCCGGUCUUUAUGUCGGUCUGUUCGGAACACUGGUGAUGGGUCUCGUUUGCACUCACUGCAUGCACAUACUGGUCAAGUGUUCCCAUGAACUGUGCCGACGGUUGCAGGUACCGUCGCUAAGUUUUGCCGAAGUUUGUCACCGGUCGUUCGAGUGUGGACCGAUCGGAUUGCGAAGGUACUCUUCGUUGGCCCGAAAUUUGAUCAACAUGUUCUUGGUGAUCACCCAGCUCGGAUUUUGCUGCGUGUACUUUGUCUUUGUGGCAGCAAACAUUCGCGAAGUUGUGGCACACUACUUUUUCGAUCUGGACACAAGGAUCUAUCUGCUGUUGAUGUUGAUACCGAUGGUGUUGCUGAAUUUGGUCAAGAAUCUUAAAUAUUUAACACCGAUCUCACUGAUAGCCGCCUUCCUCACGGUGGCAGGCCUUGCUUGCACUUUCUACUUUGUUCUUCAGGAUCUUCCAAACACCCACACAGUGAAACCGUUUUCAUCGCUGGCUCAGCUUCCGCUUUACUUUGGGACAGCAGUGUAUGCAUUUGAAGGGAUCGGUAUUGUCCUACCGUUGGAAAAUAAUAUGAAAACACCGGAGGAUUUUGGUGGUAUGACCGGCGUCCUCAACACUGGCAUGGUGAUCGUUGCCUGUCUGUACACUGCCGUCGGUUUCUUCGGAUAUCUCAAGUAUGGUGAAAACGUUCAGGGAAGCAUCACUCUUAACCUACCCGGAGAUCAGUUUAUUGCCCAACUAGUUCGAAUCAUGAUGGCACUGGCCAUCUUCUUCUCGUAUGGACUUCAAUUUUAUGUGCCAAUGACCAUUCUGCAACCGGUGAUCAAGCGUCGCUUGCACACGGAACAGUCCCAACUGAUCGGUGAGUAUCUGACACGUGUCGGUUUGGUCGUGUUCACGUUUCUCCUGGCGGCCAUGAUUCCCAACCUGGGUGCAGUGAUUUCUCUGGUCGGUGCGGUCAGUAGUUCUACCCUGGCACUGAUCUUUCCACCCUUGAUUGAGAUUGUGACGUUUUGGCCGGACGGUUUAGGUAAACGGUACUGGGUUCUGUGGAAGGACAUCGCCAUUAUGGCUUUCGGAAUCUGUGGCUUCGUAUUCGGUACGUAUACCAGUAUAGCGCAGAUUUUAAAUCCGAACCUGCACUAAAGCCUAAGGACCCCAAGGCAUUGGAAUUUACGCACGCGAUUUGUACAGUAUGCUACUACGUAUAUAUAUAUUUAUAAACUCUGAGCAAACGCAAACAAACGGAUAGAAACGUAAAUGUAGUUCAGCCAAAAGGGAGAGCAGUUUUCAGACUGUCUGAGUUCUGAGUGUGAUUUUGAUUUUAGUUGUAUUUUAGUACAUUCAUUAUACGGUGUUCUGAGGGUCGCAAUUCAAUGGAUGUGAAUUGUUCUGAGAUGUGUGAUGUACAUGUAGGAAAGUUACAAAUAUACAUUUGUAUGUACAUAGCAAAGUGAUAAAAUAUUUUGUAACUUAAGUGAAUUACUUUAUGAAAAAAAAUUAGUAUUAAAUCUGUUCCAAAAACAAAAACCGGCAUGUAUGUUUAAAGCUGGUAUUGAAAAAAAGUAGUAGUUGAUGUGUUAGAAGUCCUAAUAAAGAAGCGAGUAUUCCUCAUAUUGUAA